AUGUUCAUGUUCGGUGAAGUUGAGAUCAAUUGUUUGAGAUUUUGCAUCCCUUUCUGGUUUUAUACACGUAAAAAAGCCAAAAUAGACAGCACAAAAAAUGACCCAAGAACACCCCCAGGAGCAAAAAAAAUCUUGAAAACUGAGGGAAAAUGGGUCUCCAAGUCAGUCUCCUUCAGCAACAACUGCAUCUCCACCAUGGAAGAACUCCCCUCAGUCAUAUCCCAACUUCUGGCAUAUCCCAGCGAACUAACAUGGCUGGAUCUUUCCUUCAACCGAAUAUCGUCAAUCUUGCCUGUUUUAUUCCCAAAUGUUCAUUUCCAGUUAUUUUCUGAUUUUCCGAAUUUGUAUAUUUUGUAUCUUCACGGAAACGAGUUGUCGAGUGAAUCCGACCUGAAACACCUCAGUGACAUCAGGUCUCUUCGAAAUUUAACUUUGCACGGAAACAAGAUCUGUGAGUUGGAGCGAGAAAAGGUUUUGUGCAGACUACCGCAGCUGAAAAAGUUGGAUUUUACGACUAUUACUUCAAAAGAGCGACAAAAUGCUGAAAUUUGGAUAAAAUUGAAUUCUAAAAAAUAA